AAGAUGAGGACCUAGGGCAGCUGCCUGCUGACCUCUGGCCUGCGGUGACCAUGGCCCCCCGCAAGAGGAGCCGCCAUGGCCUGGGCUUCCUGUGCUGCUUCGGGAGCAGCGACCUCCCUGAGAUCAACCUCCGGGACAACCACCCUCUGCAGUACAUGGAAUUCUCCAGCCCCAUCCCGAACCCAGAGGAGCUUAACGUCCGCUUUGCAGAGCUGGUGGAUGAAUUGGAUCUCACCGAUAAAAACCGGGAGGCUGUGUUUGCACUGCCCCCGGAGAAGAAAUGGCAGAUCUACUGCAGCAAGAAGAAGGAGCAAGAGGACCCCAACAAGCUGGCAACCAGCUGGCCUGACUAUUACAUUGACCGUAUCAACUCCAUGGCUGCAAUGCAGAGUCUGUAUGCAUUUGAUGAGGAGGAGACUGAGAUGAGGAAUCAAGUCGUGGAAGACCUAAAGACAGCUCUCCGGACCCAGCCCAUGAGGUUUGUGACCCGUUUUAUUGAGCUGGAGGGCUUGACCUGUCUGCUGAAUUUCCUCCGGAGUAUGGACCAUGCCACCUGUGAGAGUCGCAUCCACACCUCCCUCAUUGGCUGCAUCAAGGCACUGAUGAACAACUCUCAGGGCCGGGCACAUGUGCUAGCACAGCCUGAGGCCAUCAGCACCAUUGCACAGAGCCUGCGCACUGAGAACAGCAAGACCAAGGUGGCAGUUCUGGAGAUCCUGGGUGCUGUGUGUCUCGUGCCUGGUGGCCACAAGAAGGUGCUGCAGGCCAUGCUGCAUUACCAAGUGUAUGCAGCUGAGCGGACACGCUUCCAGACACUGCUGAAUGAGUUAGACCGAAGUUUGGGCCGAUAUCGAGAUGAAGUGAACCUGAAAACGGCCAUCAUGUCCUUUAUCAAUGCUGUCCUCAAUGCUGGAGCUGGAGAGGAUAAUCUGGAGUUCCGUCUACAUCUACGGUAUGAGUUCCUGAUGUUGGGGAUACAGCCUGUGAUUGACAAACUUCGACAACAUGAGAAUGCCAUCCUGGAUAAGCAUUUAGACUUCUUUGAGAUGGUCCGAAAUGAGGAUGACCUGGAGCUAGCCAGGAGGUUUGACAUGGUCCACAUUGACACCAAGAGUGCAUCCCAGAUGUUUGAACUGAUUCAUAAGAAGUUGAAGUACACUGAGGCCUACCCCUGCCUGCUCUCUGUCCUGCAUCACUGUCUGCAAAUGCCCUACAAGCGGAAUGGUGGCUACUUCCAGCAGUGGCAGCUCCUGGACCGCAUCCUCCAGCAGAUUGUCCUCCAGGAUGAGAGGGGUGUGGACCCUGACCUGGCUCCACUGGAGAACUUCAACGUCAAGAACAUUGUCAACAUGCUUAUCAAUGAGAAUGAAGUGAAACAGUGGCGAGACCAAGCUGAGAAGUUCCGAAAAGAACACACGGAGCUGGUGAGCCGGCUAGAGAGGAAAGAGAGAGAAUGUGAGACAAAGACGUUGGAGAAGGAAGAGAUGAUGCGGACACUGAACAAGAUGAAGGACAAGCUGGCCCGAGAGUCCCAGGAGCUACGCCAGGCUCGGGGACAAGUGGCAGAGCUGGUAGCCCAACUCAGUGAAAUCUCAACAGGCCCUGUAUCCUCCCUGCCUCCCCCUGGGGGCCCACUUGCCUUGUCUUCAUUGAUGACAACCAAUGACCUGCCUCCACCCCCACCCCCUUUAUCCUUUGCCUGCUGCCCCCCACCGCCACCACCACCCCUUCCACCUGGUGGACCUCCCACUCCCCCAGGUGCCCCACCUUGCUUCAGCAUGGGCCUACCCCACCCUCCAGACCCCUUCCCUAGCAGUGAUACCCCACUCAGGAAGAAGCAUGUUCCCCAGCCUUCCCACCCACUGAAGUCCUUCAACUGGGUCAAGCUGAAUGAGGAACGUGUUCCUGGUACCGUAUGGAAUGAAAUUGAUGACAUGCAGGUAUUUCGGAUUUUGGACCUAGAGGAUUUUGAAAAAAUGUUUUCUGCCUAUCAGAGGCAUCAGAAAGAGCUGGGUUCCACUGAGGACAUCUACCUGGCCUCACGCAAGGUCAAAGAACUGUCAGUCAUUGACGGCCGGAGGGCCCAGAACUGCAUCAUCCUCCUCUCCAAGCUGAAGCUUUCUAACGAGGAGAUCCGGCAGGCCAUCUUGAAGAUGGAUGAGCAGGAGGACCUCGCGAAAGACAUGCUGGAGCAGCUCCUCAAGUUCAUCCCAGAGAAGAGUGACAUUGAUCUCCUAGAGGAGCACAAGCAUGAGAUCGAGCGGAUGGCCCGUGCUGACCGCUUCCUUUAUGAAAUGAGCAGGAUCGACCACUAUCAGCAGCGACUGCAGGCCCUCUUCUUCAAGAAGAAGUUCCAGGAGCGGCUAACUGAGGCCAAGCCCAAAGUAGAAGCCAUCCUGCUGGCCUCCCGGGAGCUGACCCGCAGCAAACGUCUAAAGAAGAUGCUAGAGGUCAUCUUGGCCAUUGGAAACUUCAUGAACAAAGGGCAGCGUGGGGGUGCCUAUGGGUUCCGAGUGGCCAGUCUCAACAAGAUCGCUGACACCAAGUCCAGCAUUGACAGAAACAUCUCUCUGCUACAUUACCUGAUCAUGAUCCUGGAGAAGCAUUUCCCUGACAUCCUCAACAUGCCCUCGGAGCUGCAGCAUCUUCCUGACGCCGCCAAAGUCAACCUGGCAGAGCUGGAGAAGGAGGUGGGCAACCUCAAGAGGGGCCUCAGAGCAGUUGAGGUGCUGGAGUAUCAGAAACGUCAGGUACGGGAACCCAACGACAAGUUUGUCCCAGUCAUGAGUGAUUUCAUCACUGUCUCCAGCUUCAGCUUCUCGGAGCUGGAAGACCAGCUAAAUGAGGCCAGGGACAAGUUUGCCAAGGCUCUGAUGCACUUCGGGGAGCAAGAAAGCAAGAUGCAGCCAGAUGAAUUCUUUGGCAUAUUUGACACCUUCCUGCAGGCCUUCUCAGAGGCCAGGCAGGACUUGGAGGCCAUGAGGAGGAGGAAAGAGGAGGAGGAGCGGCGGGCACGCAUGGAGGCCAUGCUAAAGGAGCAGAGGGAGCGGGAGCGGUGGCAGCGGCAGCGGAAGGUCCUGGCAGGCAGUGCGCUGGAGGAGGGAGGCGAGUUCGAUGACCUGGUGUCGGCCUUGCGCUCCGGGGAAGUUUUCGACAAGGACUUGAGCAAGCUCAAGCGCAGCCGCAAACGAUCAGGGAGCCAGGCCCUGGAAGUCACCCGGGAGCGGGCAAUAAACAGGCUAAAUUAUUGA